CGAUGCCCCAGCAGUCCCACGGAUAGAAGAAGAGAUAUCAGAGGAGGAUUCCACUCCAGCCAUAACAACUGUUACCAUGCCAACACCUAUCUACCAGACAAGUAGUGGGCAGUACAUUGCUAUCACUCAGGGUGGGGCGAUCCAGUUAGCCAAUAAUGGAACAGAUGGAGUUCAAGGGCUACAAACCCUGACUAUGACAAACGCGGCAGGCGCUCAGACCGGCACCACCAUCCUGCAAUAUGCACAGACCAGCGACGGCCAGCAGAUACUGGUGCCCAGUAAUCAAGUGGUUGUACAAGCGGCCUCAGGAGAUGUUCAGGCGUAUCAGAUCCGCACCACAACUGCUAGCACCAUUGCUCCAGGGGUGGUCAUGGCCUCCUCACCUGCACUGCCCAGCCAGGGAGGAACUGAGGAGGUCACACGCAAGCGGGAGGUUCGGCUAAUGAAGAACAGAGAGGCAGCACGGGAGUGCCGCAGGAAAAAGAAAGAGUAUGUUAAAUGUCUGGAAAACAGAGUGGCCGUGCUGGAGAAUCAGAACAAAACGCUCAUCGAGGAGCUCAAAGCUCUAAAGGACCUUUACUGUCACAAAUCUGAAUAAUCGCUCUCACACAUACGUGCUGAACGGAUCUCUUCUGGUGCCUCAAGAGACAGAGACUCUGAACAAACCACAGGCACUCUUUUCAUUUCUAUUUCCUUUUUUAAAAAAAUAUCUUCUGUAAAAAUCCAGUUAUCAGGAAUACAUUGCAAGUUUGUAAGUGUACACUUUUUUUUAUUUGCUUUUUUCCCUUCAGAAGAAAGAGAGUCGGUUUCUCUAAGAUAAGACAAAAAAAUGAAAUGCAGGGUACAGUUUCGUUAUCAAACACGUUGCCCUACUUGAGGAGCGUUGCGAACCAUAAAGAGCACCUUUCAGCUGCAACUGUGACAGGGAAUGAAUGUUUGUGUGGGUUUAUCAUGGAAACAGCCCAGGGUGCUGCUUCUGAGACCUGCUCCUGUCACUCUUUUGAAAGACUUUCCCACACUGCAGCAGUCGUUGAUGGCGCUGCCUGCGAGCAUGAUUAAAGAGGGAUGGAGUUUCUCACUUUUGCAGCAUGGGUCUUUAAUGAUUGAGAUUAAAUCAGCUGUGCCCUCUCAUGUUGUUUUACUGCUUCUGUUACUAAUACAUAUUCUCAUA